AUAACCAUCUUCUCCAUGAGCAACAUGUUCACAACCCACACUUCCAGGCAUGGCCAAAGCCGUAGCCGACACCAACAGCACCAGCAACCAAGGCGGCUUCACCACGGACGGCGCGCCCAUCACCGGCUUCUCCAGCAUGCACGACUCGGGCACAGGCGGCAAGCCAUCUCUCGGCAACUUCCCACUCUUCGCAUACACGCACUGCGCCAACGACGACGUCAACAACUGCGUCUUCCCCAAGCGCUCACGCGCGACGCCUUACGUGAACGGCAGCGUCGUAGCCAGCCCCGGCUACUUCAGCAUUACGCUCAGCAGCGGCAUCAAAGUGGACAUGACAGCCGCGGCGCACACAUCGCUAUUCCGGUUCCAGUUCGCACGCAGCAACGCCACAGCCACGGCCAGCAGUCCGCUAAUCCUGCUCGACCUGUCAGACCUCUCCGACAGCCGGCAGGACAACGGCACCGUGUCCGUAGACGCCGCGAGCGGGCGCAUUCAGGGCGGCGCGCGCUUCGAGCCCAGCUUCGGCGCGGGCACGUACGUCGCGUAUUUCUGCGCCGACUUCGCGGGGGCGGGCGUGCGGGACGCGGGCGUGUUUGUCGACAGCCGCGCCAGCGCCGACGUGCACGACUUGACUAUCUCGCGCAGCAUCAACGGGUACCCCCUGCCUGGGGGCGCGUUUGUGCGGUUUGCGGACCCGGGCGACGCGCCCGUGCUCGCGCGUGUCGGACUUAGUUUCAUGAGCAGUGAGCGCGCGUGCGCGAAUGCGGAGACGGAGAUCCCUGAGUUUGGGUUUGAGGCGACGAGGGACGAGGCUGUGGCGCUGUGGCGGGAGAAGUUGAGCCCGGUUGUGGUGGCGACGGAGGGCGUGGAGAGGAGCUUGCUGGUUAAUUUCUACAGCGGGAUUUACCGCACCAUGGUCAAUCCCCAGGACUAUACCGGUGAGAACCCGCUGUGGGAGAGCGAGGAGCCGUAUUUUGACUCGUUUUACUGCAUCUGGGACCUCUUUAGGUCGCAGCUCCCGUUCCUGACCAUCUUGGAUCCGGAACAGGUGGCGCGGAUGGUGCGGAGUUUGAUUGAUACUUAUAGACAUACGGGAUGGCUGCCAGAUUGCAGAAUGAGCCUAUGCAAAGGAUAUACACAAGGCGGCUCCAACGCAGACAUUGUCCUCGCCGACGCGCACCUCAAAAACGUCAGCAGCGGGAUCAACUGGGCAGACGGGCUAGCGGCCGUAAUCAAAGACGCCGAAGACGAGCCCUUCGACUGGUGCUGCGAAGGGCGGGGCGGCCUCGCAAGCUGGAAAGCGCUGGGCUACAUCCCGGCGCAAGACUUCGACCCCUACGGGUUCGGGACGCACACGCGCAGUGUGUCGCGCACGCUCGAGUACAGCUACAACGACUUCGCGGUGGCGACGCUGGCGCAGCGGCUGGGCGCGCCAUCCGCCCAAGUCGCCACGUACCUGGGCCGGGCGGGCAACUGGCGCAACCUCUGGAAAGCAGACCAGGUGUCGCCCAUGGCCGCGAACACGUCGACGGCGCAAUUCGUCGGCUUCUUCCAGCCGCGGUACGCGAACCAGACGUGGGGCUUCCAGGAGCCGCUCGCGUGCAGCAGCCUCGACAGCGACGCGAGCCGCGCCUGCUCGCUCCAGAACACCGGCCAGGAGACCUUCGAGUCCAGCAUCUGGGAAUACGGCUUCUACGUCCCGCACGACAUGGCCGCGCUCAUCAGCGUCCUCGGCGGCCCCGAAGCAUUCACCACCCGCCUGUCACACUUACACGACGCCAGCGUCGGCAGCAUCGCGAACGAGCCGGCGUUCCUGCCCGUCGCGCUGUACCACUAUGCAGGACGGCCGGGGCUGUCGAGCCGGCAGGCGCGCAGGUACGUCCCUGGGUCAUUCAAGACGACCUGGGACGGCUUGCCCGGCAAUGAUGAUAGUGGUGCGAUGGGCGCGUUUGUCGCGUUUGCUAUGAUGGGCUUAUUUCCGGUCCCCGGCCAGGACGUGUAUUUGAUCACGGCGCCGUUUUUUGCGUCGGUGGAGGUUAGGAGCCCCGUUACGGGGCGGGUGGCUAAGGUUAGGUGUGUCGGUGUUUUGCCUGGGGAUGGGGUGGGUGGCAAUGGCACCAAUAAUGGCGGGAACGGCACAGUGAACGGAGACCUCUACAUCCAGUCCGCGCUCCUGGACAACGAGCCCUACACGCGCAACUGGCUGGACCACAGCUUCUUCACGGAGGGCCGGGAGCUCGUGCUCACGCUCGGGCGGAACGAGAGCCGGACCUGGGGCACGCGGGCCGAGGACGUGCCGCCUAGUCUGGGUGGUUUGGGUGGUGCUGUGGGUAUGGGUGUGGGGGGUGUGUGAUGGGGUAUGUGGAGGAGAGAUGGAGGAGAGGGAGAGGGUAGUAGUCACAGCGCCGAGCUAUUUGCUUGUAGUGCGCGAACAACCUACCGACCC